AUGUUACAACAGUUAAAACUACUGGAAUCAGCUCGUGCAACUGGUUCUAAUGAUUCUAGUGAAGAUGACGAAUGUGAUUCAAGCGAAGAUGACGACCGUGCAUCCAUCUUAUCAUUGGCGAACGGUUUAUGGGUUAACCGAUCUUUGGAUCUGAAGCCAUCGUUCCAGGAGACUGCUGCCACCACCAACAAUGCUGUGGCCAAAUUUAUUGACUUCAAGCACACAAGGGACCCGGCUGAUGCUGUGACCUCUAAUACAAGACUCAUCUUCGCUAAUACUCUCUACUUCGAAGGGGCAUGGACCAAGAAGUUCGACUGGUCUAUAACCAAGAAUGGAUCAUUUUAUCUCCUUAAUGGAAGAAAAAUAAAAGUACCCUUUAUGACAAUCGACGAUGAUCAAUACAUUUCCUCUUUUGAAGGCUUCAAAGUCCCCAAUUUGCCGUAUGAACCAAAUCAACUGGGAGAGCCUUCCAUGUUGACCUUCCUUCCUAACAGUAGACAUGGGCUUAGCAAUGUCAUACAAAAGGCUGUAUCAACUCCUGAUCUUAAGAUUGGCAAGUUCAUGAUUCCGAAAUUCAAAACUUCAUCUGGAUUUAACUUUCUGAAAGCUUUACAGGAACUGGAGUCACGAAUUCCUUUUACUGAGGGUGUAGAUUUCACAGAAAUGGUGUCAUCCUCAGAUACCAAUAAUAAGCUUCAGAUUUCAAGCGUGCAGCAUAAACCUACUAUCAAAGUAGGAGAAGAAGGGACCGAAGCAUCCGCUGCAGCUUACUGAAAAGCAUCAUAUUUGUGUUAUAGAUCUCCUACAAAUUUUGUUGCAGAUCAUCCUUUCAUGUUUGCCAUUAGAGAAGAUAAGACCGGUGCUCUGCUAUUCGUAGGGCAUGUGGCGAAUCCAAUGGAGAAGGAAGCAUCAAUGUUUACUAAAGAAUAAAAGAGUGUGUGCCAAUAAAGCAAAGGAUUGAUGUACUAUUUUAUCUGAAUUAGAGCAUGUAUUUCUAUCCUCACCUGCUGCAAGCAAAACCAUCUUGAAGGUGUAUCUAUGUGUGUCUGUGUUUGUGUGGAUAUGCAUAUAUGAAAAAAUGGAUACGAAAUGACAAACUUAUUUGUUUAAUGACCCGCGAAGAAAUUAUCCAGUAGUGAGAGCCAACCUGUUAGUCGCAUGCAAGUAUAUGGAUCACAUCACUCACAUUUCUCAAUGUUAUUUUUUUGCCAAAUGAGAUGACAGCUCAAAUCCAUUAUAUAUCUGUCAUGAAUGUUUGACUUUUGAUCAAAUCUGUUAAGUAACAUUGGAGUAUAUCAAUCUUAUCACUCACAUUUCUUGAUGUAUUAUUUUUUGCAAUGAAAUAACAGCUCAAAUCCAUUAUAUAGAUGUUGUCGAUAUUCGUAAAGCUUGACCUGACUAAUUUUGCAAAUCUUCUAGUCGAAG